AUGGCUCCGAUCAAGUCCGUUGCUGUCGUCGGCGCUGGUCCAGCUGGCGCUAUCACAGUUGAUGCUCUUGCUCAGGAAAAAGCAUUCGACACUAUACGGGUCUUCGAGAGGAGGGGAAAGGCUGAAGGUUGUUGCAAAGCGUGGAGAGAGCCGGAGAAGUAUCUGGGCGAGAGAACGGUCGUCGUGGGAGCGAGCAUCUCUGGACCCGACAUAUCGCACGCGAUAGCGGAUCUCGCCGAGGUGCCUCUCAACUGCGUUGUGCGGGGGAAGUACCACCCCUAUAUCUCUGACUACGCCUUCCAGCACCCCAACAUCCGGCGUCGACCACCCAUCACGCACAUCACCUCCAGCCGCGAAACGAACCAACGCACAGUCUCCUUCGAAGACGGCACGCAUCUGACAGACGUAGACCACAUCGUUUUCGCCACUGGCGCAGAUACCUACACCUGGACGCUCCACUUCCUCCACUUCCUCCCCAACCUCGCCUCCACGAUCUGCAACAACCGGCUCCCGAACCUCUACCAGCACGUCUUCUGGCAGCCGGACCCGACCCUCUGCUUCGUCGGCGCCGUCGCCGCGGGCUUCACGUCUAAAGUGUUUGAGUGGCAGGCAGUGCUCGCAGCGCGAUUCCUCGCCGGCCGCAUCGCGUUCCCGCCCCGCGAAGAACAACAGGCAUGGGAGCGGGAGCGCAUCGGGCGCAGGGGCGACGGCGUGCCCUUCUCGUCCCUGUACCCCCACUUCGAGGAGUAUUUCGAGGAGGUGAGGAGCUUGGCGGGCGAGCCGACGGAGGAUGGGGAGGGGAGAAGGCUGCCGCGCUCUGAGAAAUGGUGGCGGGAGGGCUUUGACAGGGCGCACUUGAAGAAGAGGAUUGAGGUGUGGAAGAGGGAGAAUGCGGAGGCGAGGGAUAGGAUCAGGAGGGAGGAGGGGGAGGAGAGGGUCAUGUACGGGGAGGAGGUUCCGAGGCCGUCUGGAAUACAGAAUCAGAGGGCUGAGAUGCAGAGUCAGAGCUGUCUAUGA